AUGGCGUCUGGCGGCGAGCACAGCUUCAUGGCGCAACCCGCGCAGCCCCCCGCCCCGUCGCCGCUGGCACCGCAGCCCAGCAACGGCGCAUCCAACAGUCCCACCUCCCAGGCGGUCCCACCCGGCCAUCCCUCUUUCAGACGCCAGCGCGCCAGCCGGGCCUGCGAAACAUGUCAUUCGCGCAAAGUCCGCUGCGACGCCGCCUCGCUGGGCGUCCCAUGCACCAACUGCACCGCCUUCUCCAUCGAGUGCCGCAUCCCCACGCCCAAGCGCAAGAAGACGCAGACGUCGCGAGCCAAGGAGACGGACGGCGCAAGCGAAGCCGACGACAAUGACGGCCGCUCGCCUGCAAGCAUCUCGCUCGAGCCGCGCGACAAGGCGACCGUCUCCAACUCGGAGGAUGGCACGCCCGCGAACAACUACUCCCACGCCUACGCUGCCCAGCAGGCCGCCCACCACGGCACCUACGUGCAGUUCAUGAAGCCCAAGUUUGCACGAGCCCCUAUCAAGGAAGCCGGCCGUGUCGCGUAUCUGGGCGAAUCGUCCAACCUGUCCCUCCUGGUCCACGACCGCUAUGGCACCACCGAUGUCGUCCAUUACCCGCUGCCGGAGAAUGUGCGCGGCGCCAAAGCCCGCGUCAACGAGAUGGACAACAUGGAGAUUGAGAUUCUGCACCAGAGAGGCGCCUUCCUGCUGCCACCGAGGGCCCUCUGUGACGAGCUGGUCGACGCUUUCUUCAAGUGGGUUGCCCCAGUCGUGCCUGUCAUCAACCGCAGCCGCUUCAUGCGCCAAUACCGCGAUCCAAAAAAUCCGCCCUCGUUGCUACUGCUGCAGGCUGUCCUGCUGGCCGGCUCGAGAGUCUGCACCAAUCCGCAGUUGAUGGACUCCAGUGGCUCCACAACGCCAGCUGCCAUGACCUUCUACAAGCGUGCAAAGGCCCUGUACGACGCAAACUUCGAAGACGACCGAGUCACCAUCGUUCAAGCGCUGAUCCUGAUGGGCUGGUACUGGGAAGGACCCGAAGAUGUGACCAAGAACGUCUUCUAUUGGACGCGAGUUGCUAUUGUUGUGGCACAAGGUUCAGGCAUGCACCGAAGUGUCGAGGGGUCGCAGUUGAGCUGGUCAGAUAAGCGACUUUGGAAGCGCAUCUGGUGGACACUCUACAGCCGAGAUCGUUCAGUAGCCGUUGCCCUCGGUAGACCCGUCGCAAUCGAUCCAGAGGACUCAGACGUAGAGAUGAUCUCAGAGGACGACUUCAUCGAUGACGAGGUAGAUCGUCCGGCGGAGCACCCGCCCGACCCAGUCCAUGUUCAGUUUUUUAUCAACUACGUGAAGUUAAGCGAGAUCAUGGGUCUGGUGCUUUCGCAACAGUACUCAGUUGCCUCCAAAUAUCGCAGGGCGAAUGCCAUAGACCUGACCCACAGCGACAUGGCUCUUGCUGACUGGCUGCAACACUGCCCACCUGAAGUGCAGUGGGAUCGAACACGACACCAUUUCUGGGCCGCGCUGUUGCAUGCCAACUACUACACCACACUGUGUCUUCUCCACCGUGCGCACAUGCCACCCGCCGGCUCACCGAAGACGACCAACCUGGACGGCUUUGGUGAGGAGCACGCGUACCCAUCACGAAACAUCGCGUACCAGGCCGCAGCUAUGAUCACGUCAAUCAUCGAGAACCUCCGAGCGCACGACGAGAUACGGUACACUCCUGCCUUCAUCGUGUACAGCUUGUUCUCCGCUCUCAUCAUGCACGUCUACCAGAUGAAGUCAUCGAAUAAGUCGAUCGUCUCGGCGACAGAGCAGCGACUGCAGAUUUGCUUGGAUGCUCUGAGAGAGGUCUCCAAGGUCUGGCUUGUCGCAAAGAUGGUACAUACGCUCUUUGAGUCUAUCUUAGGAAACAAGAACCUCGAAGAGCGCCUGCAGAAAGCCGCGGGCAGGAACCACAAGAAGAACAAGCCGCCCAGCGUACCGCCGCCUCCACCAAAGCCAACGCAAGAGGCUCCGAAGCGCAAGUUUGAAGAGAUGGAUUUUGGGGGAUUCCCAACUAUCAAUGGCCCACCAGCAGCUCAAGUCUCAUACGAACGAUCAAGACCCCAGACCCCCGCAGUCACGCCGUCUAGGGAACUCCCGCCUCAACCUCAGCAGAUGCCUCAGAUGUCAGCUGGAUCGCCGCAGAUGAACCGCCACAACCACGAUACUUUCAUGGGUCCAUCGCGUUCGGGCACGCGUCCAACUACACCCUUCAACCCUUCUUACUCGUAUCCCGGGACGCCUCCUGACUUGUUCUUGAUCACUCGUGACACACCCAACAUCAGUCAAGAGGUCUGGCAGAACUUUCAGCCGGACCAGUUGUUCCCGGCAGAUACCCAGGUCAACUUCCCUCAAUCUUCGCAGCAGCACUCUCUAGUUGAUCCAGCUUUAUCGCAGCCUCAAAACAUGCCUAUACAGCAACAACCGCAACAACAACAAAACAACGGCAGCAUGCCGUCGCAGCCCCAGCAACAGAUGCAAAACUCGAUAAACGGCCAGUUCGAUCAGAGCAACCCACAGGCAUGGGCGCAACAAAUGGAAAUGAUGCAACAAAACCAACAGCAGCAUGGCGAGCAGGACGAUGCCUGGAGUAAUAGUUCCGGCGGACGACACAACCCUGUAGUGCCAAUGAGUCUCAACGUGGACGACUGGUUCAACUUCUUCGGCAUCAAUGGUGAAGCCGACAUGUCGCACCUUUUCCAAAACGGUCCGUCUUGA